GAGUGACGCCGGUACCUGCUUUAUUACAGCCUUCCUGCCGCCGCCAGCCUUCUCUUCGGUGUAAACGAGAUAGGCCUCUGCAAACUGCUAUGCAUGAUUUCGUCUUUUGCACCAUACAUUUCACGAGUCGUGGGCUCUAAUAGACUUUCACCAUCGGCCUUCACGUCGAGCCAUGGAGUCCCCGCAUAAUCUUGGAGGGAAUUACUGGGGGACCCUGAUCAACGCCGACAAGAGUGCUGCUCCGCUUCUCGAGCAGCUCUGUCUGGGGCUUGUGCAGUUGAUGCUCAGCUUCGAGUCGUCAUCCCAUGGAUCAUCCGAAUUGACCCCCGACAAACUCGCCAGGUUCUAUCGCGAACUAGGCGGCAAUUGUGACGCCCUCUUUCUCGAAACCAAAGGCCCCGCGUUGUCAUUCAUCUACCAGGCCCUCGGCUGCUUCCAUACUCUGCAGCCCACCAAAAACCCAUUCGAAGCCCCGUGCAUCCCGGCCUUGCUACCCAUGGGCUUUGUGCGCUGGCAGGUGAUUCAACUCCUGCUCAGCCCAGACGAGCAUUCACAGUAUCUGCAAAGCGCGGUGAGUCGAUGGGACGUGCCCAAUCCGACUGGGGGCACCUUCCCCAAGGUGAUCCCACGAGAAGCUUUUCCAGAAUCGCCCGAUCAAGCCAUGCUACAGUGGCACGAGAAGGUAAGCCGACGGCUCGAAAAGGACCACGUACACCGGAACACUCCUCGGCCGUCGCCGGGCGAAUUUGGUCGGUAUAAUAGUAAUAAUAACAAUAACAACAUCCCUACGAAUGGCUCGCGGGGGAGGACUAUUUUUCGCAGGAAAAUGCCUACCGCUAUCAUGACCCACGAGGGCAUUCUGACAUGGAUGACGAGGCUCACCGACACCGACGACGUCGCAGCCCGGAUACUGUCCGACGCUCGCGCUUGCAUCGAUUCGAAGGAGCAUUUGACCAACAUGGCACACCGCGCCCAGCCUCGCGGAACUCGUCGCCGCGAAACAAAGCUUCACCUGCAUCUGUACGCAUUCCUACACGCUCGAAAUCCACGCGUACGCGCACCAAACAAGCUCCGCUUCCUCGUAAAUACCGGUCCGAGCCAUCGUCUGACUCAUCCAUCGAUGAAACUCUUUUCUCUAGCCGACGACAACGUAGCUCGGUCGAUGACGACCAGCCGCUUGGCCGCUCCUACCGUCUGUCCCCCAGCCUCGACGCAGAAAAUGCCCGACGACACUCGCACGACGCUACGCACUACAAACGAGACCGAGAGCCAUGGCGGGCCAGUCCUCGACAUCCCCAUCCACACCCACCCUCGAAGAUGAAAUUCUACGAGAACAUGUUCGACGAGCAGCCAACGCCACGCACAACCCGAGACCCUGACGCACCCUUACCGUACGAAAUCACAACCAAUGUUCCGCGCGUGCACAUCCGUCCCGACGGCACCCCCGUCGAGGUCCGCGCCAAAAGCUUUAGUAAUGGGACCCACAGC